AUGGGAGACCACCUUCAACCGAACCGAGCCCCAGCCCCUGGGCCUCCUCCCUCAGCUGCACACGCCAAAGCUCGACAGUUUGAGGACGAGAAGAAGCGGAUCACCGCCUCAUGCUUUUCGAAACCCGAUGUCGACGGUGCUCGUACGUUGAUGGCUGUCCUUCUCCUCUACUUGUGCGCGGAUGAACUAAUGCUCGCUGCUGCUCUCUUUCCCGCUCGCGUGCACUAGUCCUAGAAUCUUACAUCACGCACUGCAAAGUUAUCGAGGACGGGGCCUCCCCAUCCUCCCCACCGCCAGAGGAUGGCCCUCACGAUCAGAAGAAGUCCCGGGUGAUUGUCGUUGCCGUGCGGAAGACCGGGCGAGUUCGGAUGCACAAAGCUCGCGAGAAUCCGAACGGGGCCUUCCAGAUUGGAAAGACAUGGAAUUUGGAUGACUUGUCCGAGAUAGAAAACCACCCUCCGCCGUUCGAGAAGGGAUUCACCGUCACCAUCAUUAAGCCUUACUAUUGGCAGGCCAGUUCGAGCAAAGAGAAGGAUUUCUUUAUUUCGUCGCUGCUUAAGAUUUACAAAAAGUACACGGGCGGAAAAAUUCCAAAGUUGACCGGUUUUGGGGGGACUGAGGUUGACAAGUUGCUGGGUGGUGCGGCUUCUCUGCAGGAAGGUCAGAGGGAUGAUGCGGGGGGGGUUUCGCCGUCCGGUCCCUCGCCUAUAUCCCAGGGUCCAUCACAGUUUCCCUCGUCACUCAAACCGGCACCUCUUCGCAACCUUACCUCGGCUGUCUCUAUGGAUAAUAUGACAUCACCGGGAAGGCAACCAUCACCAAGAAAUAAGGGGAUCGAUGGACUUCGCGCUGGCCCCGGCGUUUUACGGCCAUCGCAGUCAAGCGACCAGCUUCCAACUAGUAGGAGACCUCCCGAUCUGGCCCCCGGGAGCCGGAAUAUAUCCGGAGGUUCAGCGUACUCGGCUGCUUCAGGCGUAGCUCUCAGCGAUCCCCCACCUCCCCCGAUACCUCCGCAGGGACCAGGAAGACGGCCAUCAAAUGGAUCUUCAAGAUCUGGUAGAGAUCGGUCAGGGACCAGGGGAGCUCCUGUAGAGGACGAACGGGGAAUUCGUCCUAUGCCAUCGUCCGAGAGAAUGCUUCGUACUCCGUCCGCUUCUAGCCACCAAUCGCGAGAGGCUACGGAGCAGUACCCCUACGGCGGCGGCAAUAGAGGGCUACCUCCUCCAGCUGCUCCUCCCGAGCCUUCUCCACUGGUUGACGCACGUAGUCCAGUCAAGAAAAAGUCCGGCAAGGACGUAGCGUCGCAAUUCCGUUUGGCGGCAAACACAUACGCUGCAGGAGGAGUGAUGGGAGACCGAAGACAAAGACCGAAAACUCCUACAACGCCGACCUCCAUGUCCAGAACGCCCUCUCAGGAUCCGGGUAGGCAGGAGGAGGUGCCAAAGAUCAAAUAUCCUGAAGAGCGCAGGGAUCGGGACACACGUGGAGGGAAUGGGCCAUACGGUGUUGCAGGUGCGCCGGGUGAGCGUAGACGUUCACCCCCUAGAGCUCGUGACCUCCCGCCACCAUAUAACCAGCGGUCUCCGGGGGAGCAGAUGGAGCCGCUGCUAAGGAACGAAGUUCGGAUAGUCACUCUUGCAUCUAAAGAUAAACCUUCCAUGUUGCCUUCCUCUACGCCACGAAAUGCGUCCCCUAGCCGGGCAAAACAUGAUUCAUUGGAAGUUCCUACAGGUUCAGGCGGGUCCGCGUCACCAGAUGGUUCAGGUGAUGGUGGCGAGCAGGGUGGGAGGAGUAGAUCACGAUCGCCAAUCGCUAAGGGCAGGAAGCGUAGAUCGGUCAAAUCCUCUUUCCUGAGUGAUGUAGAUACUUCGCGGGUGACUGUUGACAUUGAGGAGCUGCUGAAUGAAUUCAACUGGGAUCCGCAGGGAAAGGUCGAUGCUUUGGAGUCAAAGAUUCGCAAAGAGAUUGCGGAGGUGGAGGCUAAGGAUGUUAUUGUGAAUACUGAUGGCGAUCCUAGGAUUGAAGAGCUAUCCAACCUCCUUGAUAGGGCGAUCCAGGAAUGCGAUGAGAUGGAUUCACUGUUGACUCUGUAUGCCGUUGAACUAACCGUGAGCACAGAUCUCCAACCCCCCCCCCCCUUCUAUGCAUUCAGACUGACAAAUAUAUAGAGUUUAAAUGAUGACAUUUCUCACAUCGAAAAUCAGUCCCAAGGUCUCCAGGUCCAAACCGCCAACCAAAAGACUUUGCAGCGUGAACUCCAGAAUCUUAUGUCUACCAUAUCCAUUGGACCCCAACAACUUGAAGUGCUCAAAUAUGGAUCAUUAGACUCUCCUCAAGCUCUCCAGUCUAUUGAGGAUACCCUGCUCGCCCUUUAUAAAGCGAUGACGACCAUUGACCCAAAGAUGGCGCGAAAUGCACCCGAGUCGCCUGUCGGGGAUGGCCGAAGAGGUUCCUGGAGCGAUGAGGGCAUUGGAUCUAUGAGGGCUCUUCAGGAGCGAAAGGAGGGGUAUCAAAAGGAUACCCAGUCAUUCCUGGCAAGAAUGAAGCAGUUCAUGACCAUUAAAUUUGGGGCGGAAGUCGUCGAGCUUGCAAAGAACUCAAAAAACAGUCCGAUGAGCCCCGGACAACCAAAGCUGCUGGGGCAUGAUAGCGCCUAUACCGCACUCUGCAAAUUCUCUGGAUUAGUUGCUUUUGCUAAAGACGUCGACUUGGAGGAAUACUACGGGCUGCAAAAACUCUACGAGAAACCCGUCUCCGGCUUAUUUCAAGACGAAUUUAGGGAGCACGUGCUGGCGUGGAAAAGGAUCACCAAAAAGCCCAUCUUAGACGAAGUAGAUCUACGUAAAUUACCCGCCUACAUCAGGGGCAAAUUUUUAGGUGCUAACGCUAGAACAGUCUUCACUGCACAAGAGAAAGAGACUGACAGAGUCGCUGUAACGGCCGCCCGAAAAUUAACCGUCAAACGGUCGCAAACCUUGGCAAAGAUCAGGUCACCAGCCGGCGACCACUCUAAGAACAAGAAUCAAGACGGAAUUAUCAAUUCACAUGAGGCUUUUGCAGGAACCCUGGCAGAGACGUAUAACCUAGUACUAAGGGAGCAGAAUUUCAUAGUCAAGUUCUUCCGAAUGUCAUCGCAGCCGCCGCAAGACUUUUCCGAGUUUAUCGCAAACUCACCGGCGGCGGAGCACCGGAGGAUUGGAGAUAUCGGCGGGUUGAGGCCUGUUGAGGCGGACAAGGCAAAGGCGAAGAUGGUGUCGGACUUUAUGACGGGGUUGUUCGGGUUCUUGCCUCAGGAUUUGCAGAGCCUUGUUGAGUGGGCCAUUAGAACGGAUCCUUUACAGGGCGUUGGAGUGAUGUAUGCACUUGAAACGAAAAUGGCAGCUCUUCUGGGUACGGACCAGGAGUUUUUGCUCAAGAUGCUGCAGAAAUUGCAUGAUCGUCUUGCGGGGUUGUUUUCCAGGUUCUUGGAUGAUCAGGUCAAGGCCAUUGAAGAGACAAAAGUUAAGAUUAAGAAGAGAAAGGGCGUUAUUCCAUUCAUGAAAGUGUUCCCAGUAAGUGACCGCCCCUGGACCAUUUCGAAGGUUCUACACUAACAUCCCGCACAGUCUUUUGCUAGCAGAAUCGAAGAUCAACUGCCCACCGAAGUCCCCGGGUCCUCCGCCGACCUUGACAUCCGUGACCUAGUAAAUGACGGCUACGAGCGUAUUAACAAAGCCAUGUUUGAAUCUCUGCACGCAAUUGCAAAGGAAAGCCCGACAGUUGCAAACUCCAGUCUCGACCCAGAAGACAAGGAACAGCUAAACUAUCACAUAAUGAUGAUCGAGAACAUGCAUCACUACCUAGAAGAGCUCCCGUUGAACACUACAAACCCCGUACUCACGCUCUUCAAGACCCGCGCCGAGCGCGAUCUCGCCGAGCACCUUGGCCUCUACACCUCCUCCGUCAUCCGACGCCCGUUGGGCAAACUUUUAGAUUACGUUGAGGGGGUAGAAGUCCUGCAGCGGAGCGGCGCGGACGAUAUUCCCUCACGCCAAUCCCACUCGAGACAAGUCUUCAAGAAGGUGCUAGCGCACCACGACGGGAAGGAAAUACGCCGUGGCAUUGAGACGCUGAGGAAGAGGGUUGACAAGCAUUUUUCUACGGAUGGCGGGGAUGACGAUGCCGUGUUGGUGGAGCGCAUCCUAGCCGCGCUAGAGAAGGAAUUUAUAGAGGUGCACCGGCGCACGCAGAUUUUGGUCCAGACGGUGUACAAAGAGUCGGGUCUAGAGAUGGAGUUUUUAGUGGCGGAUGUUGUUGGAGGGUUUAAAAAGUAGUGCUAUUUGUGGUAAAGCAGAUAGAAGGGAGUGGUGUCUUUUUUUGUCUUUUUUUCUGGAAGCGGGGGUGUUGAUUUUGAUGUACUCAUGGCUUCUUUGCUUCACCUCCUAUAUACUCCUUUACUUUUUCAGUUUCUCUCAAGUUAAAUCUGGCUCUUUAUUCGUUCCUAUAAACCAUUGUAACUGAACCAUACUAUAUCCAUCCCACUCUGGUGUCGCCUUCUCGCUUGCCCGAUGAUUGACCAGCCAUGGUACGAUACUUUCCACUCAUUUGAUACCCCAUCUCACUCGAUAAAUAACUCGAUCCAUUCCACACAAGCCAUACGCC